CAACAGACCUCAGAUAAGCUCUUGUUAUUGAAACGUUCCAAGUGCCUGUUCCUUGUGGUAUACAUGGAACUAGACGAUGCUGCCAAUGUUGACUACUGGAGAGACAUGACUAUAGUGGUCGAGGCAGAACUGAGUAACCUCAGGAAACUGGACCCCACAGCUAAAGAACACGUGGGAGACCGCCGUGAGGGCAUCAACGACGCCGUCCGCACGGACGUCGUGAGAAUCUUCAAAGGAAAGACCUACAACCAGCUGGAGAUGCUGCAGCAGCAGAUCCUUGACAAGAUCCGUAGUGGCGAGGAGGGUAUUGACAUUGGCUACUGGGAAUCACUGCUUCAGCAGCUUAAGGCACACAUGGCAAGAGCAAGGCUGCGUGACAGACACCAGGAACUACUCCGCAAAAAGCUCUUCCAACUCAAGCAGGAGCAAGGCGUGGCAAGCGGACCUCUGUUUCCUAUCAUUAAGACAGACGAGAGUCCACGCGACGAGCCCGACGCCGGACCGGGUAGAGAAGCUAGUCCCGACGAGAUGCCGGCGCCAUCUGCCGAUGACCAGCCCGUCGCCGGCGACGUGAGCCGGUCUGCGGACGCGGCGGCGGUCAGCGAGGCCGCGGUCCUGAGCGACGCCGGCGAAGAAUUGGACACAGGGGUGGCCGGCGAGGUCGAGGAGGGCGACGUGGAGGACGAGGCGACGCUGCAGAGCUACGCCGAGUGCGAGGCGGGCGGCUACGAGCCGACCCUUUUGCGCGAGACGGAGCUCGACCCCGGCACGGUGGUCGCUGACCCAUUCACCGACCUCGAACGCCUGCAGUUCAAGCGGCACGAGGUGUCUGAGCAGGGUCAGGUUAUGUCUGCUGAGGAUGCAGCGUUUGAGCGUGAGGCGAGGAAGGGCAUGGCCGGUGACGAGGCAACGUUUAGCGUCGAGGUGCCAUUAGCCAGCACGUCGUACCUGUGGCAGGACAAGUAUCGGCCACGCAAGCCGCGCUUCUUCAACAGAGUGCACACGAUAUUUUAUCCUGAUGUCAUUGAUAAAAGUUCUACGCCAGAGUAUACACUGACUCCGUGUUCAGAAAAUAAAGAUUUUGGCAUUUUAAAGUUUCAUGCCGGUCCACCAUACGAGGACAUCGGCUUCAAGAUCGUCAAUCGCGAGUGGGAGUACUCGUACAAGCGCGGCUUUCGCUGCCAGUUCGCCAACGGCAUCUUCCAGCUGUGGUUUCACUUCAAGCGGUAUCGAUACAGGCGAUAGGCGGAUGCCGACGCUCGUGGCGUCACGUGUUACAGCACGUGACACUGAUAUAUCGACGCGGCCCAUUCAUCGGCGAAGGUGUUGCUGGAUGCUGGUUGUGCCGCGUGCUGCUCAGCAGCGAGUAACCUGCCGUCUAUACAUUUGACAGCAACUCAAUAUGGCGAGUGUAGCAUAUCGCUCGCAGUAGUUCCUUCUAGUUACAUUUCGCGCUGCCUGCAUAAUUGCUUGCCAAUUCAAUGAAUAACGCGUGUCGCAGGCAGUUUGCAAUGUUCCUUUUGUCAGAACUUGACGUAACAAGACUGUGGAAAUAAUGUGUGUGAUUUAAAAUUUUUGAUACAAUGACUGUGCGUUUCUGUGCGUAUAUGAGUUACAUUUAUUCUAUUACGUAUAGUAUUAAAUAAAUACACUUGAUCAAUUUAA